GAAGGGAGGGUCUUAAGGCCCCUACAGAAAAAAAUGGGUAUAAACACAAGCAUGUCCAGAGAUUAGAACCAGUGAAUAUGACCACAUGCCAUCUGGUAACAUGCCUGACAUGAGCACAUGAUCGUUUGAGUCAUCUUAAAUUUUAAAAUGACUUCAAAGCUUUUGGAAACGGUUAGUGAUCCACUGAGAGAAGAGUGCCAUGGAAAAGCUAGAAGAAAGCAAAUAUUCAUUGAGCAGAAGAAAAGGAGGGUCUGCACAGAAUGGAGAAAAACAUGUUCUCGCUUGGCGGCACAGAGCAGAAGGAAGAAGGAGAGUCAGCUGUUCAAGGAGUUAACUGCUCUUCUGCCUCUGAACCCCAAUAUGGACGGUCAGCGAGACAAAGCUUCAGUCAUUCGUCUCACAAUCGCCUACCUGCACCUGAGGGGACUUCUGAACACCCCAGACAACUGUACACAGUCUUCUCUUCUUUCAGCAGGAGUAUCGGCUAAAGCUCAUGAGAGGGAGUUGCUAGAUUCGACCCUCGGAGGGUUUGUGGUUUUGUUGUCUUUGAAUGGCAAGGUCAUCUUCACCACUAAGGGCGUAACUACACACACUGGAAUUCACCAGAUGGAUUUGAUCGGGAGGAGUUUGUUUGAGUUCUUGCAUCCAUGUGAUCACAUGGAGGUCAAAGACAUCCUCACAAGACUGAUGGGAAACCAAGGACAGCAGGAAUGUGAUGUGCUCCUCAGAAUGAAAAGUGUGAUGAACCAGAAGCUGACACCUUGGAAAAUUAUUCAGUGUACUGGAAAGAAAACGUCAUCGGCUACACCUGGAUCCAGUUGUCUGGUUCUUCAGUGCAGGGUUCUGCCCAUGCAGGAGAUCGCUGAACUGGAUGCAGCGCUGAAUACAAGUACGUUUAUGAGCGUACACAGCCCAGAUAUGAAGUUCACCUACUGCCACUCAAGGGUUGUGAAGUUGACCGGCUUUCAAGACACAGAGUUGCUGGGCCAAUCCGUGUAUCAGUACUAUCAUCCAUCUGACUGCCAACAAAUCCGCAAGGCACAUGUUUGCUUGCUCUCCAAGGGUCAGGUGUCAACUGGGAAAUAUCGGCUGCUGCACAGACAUGGUGGCUAUGUUUGGGCAGAGACGGACGCGUCAGUGGUGUGCAACAGUUGUACUGGUGUACCAGAGAGUGUCGUCUGCAUCAAUUACAUUCUUAGUGGAGUGGAGCAGCCCGAUUUUGCAUUUUUACUGGAGCAGACAGAACAAGUUCUGAAACCACAUGAUUCACUUUGCCCAGAAUCCCAUCCUGCCCCUUUUCCAAUGUCUGCAACCCAGCAGGAUGAAAAUAGCCGUAGAACCAAAUCAAACGAGCACAGUAGUCCUACAAUACCCCUAAAGCAAAGAGAGGGUGACAUACAGGAAGUUCAUGACUGCACAGAGAUCACACAUAACACAGAAGAGUGCUGCAAAUUCAAUUGUGAUUUAUGUGAGUUAGACUUGGACAGUCUGGCUCCAUACAUUCCCAUGCACGGAGAGGAUUUCCUGCUAACUCCCAUUUUAGAUGAGAUGGUGGAUAAUGCCGAACUAAAUGUGUGUGGACCAUCAUUCAACAGUCCGUAUCAAAAACUGGACCCUCGGUUGCAAAAUUCAGAGGGAACAGUCUUUCUACCUAUUAAGAGCCUUACACAUACCCAACAAAGUGUCAGUCAUUAUUUUCUAACAAACAGGAUCACCAAUACUAACCUGAUAUCAGCCAAGCAGUGGAAUGACAGCUUAGAUCUUGUGAACAGAAUUUCAAAGGUUUAUAAUUAUAAUUGUAAACAGAAUAAUUAUCAACUCUUCUCUGAUGAAAGCAAGACAUAUCAUCGAAGGGAAGAUGCGCGGAAAUUUUCACAACAACCCAACAGAACACAAUGGAAAAUCGAUGGAUCAAUACCGAGGCCAUGUCGCAGAGGCCUGAAUCCACUUGGAUCAAAGUUCAGAUCGCUUCCGGAAAAGCGCCAUUCUCAGAACAGAAGACACCAUACUGAUGUAAAAAUGGACCCAACACAUAUGACUCUGCCUAUUUUGAGCGGGUGGGAGUGUGAGGUCAAUGCUCCUCUUGACCCCACAUCAUAUUUGCUCCAAGGGACAGAAAUUAUAGCUGUUCUGGACCAAGUGGCCUCAAAAGUACCUUGGUGCUGAUCCAAAACAAAAUACAAGACUUAUGAUAACAACGCUUGCCAGUAAUCAAUCAACACCAACAAGCAUUGCCUUAGUGUACAUUACUAAAACCUGUGUGAUGGGAGUUUUUAUUCAUCUUGGGCUUUGUGCUAUAAACGACUCCUUUCAGAAGCUACAGUGUAAAUAGUACUGUAGUGGCCAAGUGACCACCUGCCUAAGAAAAUUGACAUCUUUACCGUUUAUUGAAAUAUUAUUAAAAAAUUUGAAACAUGCCAAAUUGUUCAGACAUAAUUUUUGGCCAGGCUGUCAUACAAAGAAAUGAGGAACACAUGCAAAAACAAGAGCAAAAUUAAUAUUAAAUAUUAAUGACUGAUUAUGUUUUACCAUUUUCAUGUGAGCUUUUUUUGUGCAUUUUUUUUACAUAGUACAAUAAACCUGUAGGUGGUUUGCCUUUUAUUGCCAAAUAUUAUUUUCAGAUAAAUACCUUACCAACCAAGUUUAAUGUUUUGUUCUAUCCUCAUAUUUAAAAACUAUAAAAUAUUUUCCUCAUGUUUUGGUUUAUUUGAACUUAUAGGGUCAUUAAAAACAAAUAUCUCCUCUGGACAUCACUUUUGGCCACUACUGUAUAUGUAAUUAUGGCCUUUGCUGUGUUGUAUUUCAACAUAUUCUAGAAACCUUUAUGAAUAAAUAAGAACUUAUUGAUUGUGCUGUCACAA